AAACAUACUGCAACCUUGUGCUAAAUGGUUUUUGAGUCAUUUAUGCAUUUAUGUGAAUUUAAGAAAUCUACUAUAGAUUAAGUGCUCUUAUGUUGUGCAAUUUAAAAUGUGUACUUUGUGUCUAAUGUGAAUGAAUGUUUUGUCAAGGAUUAGCUACCUGAUCUACUGAAAUUAGAUAAUUGAAUAAGAAAAAAGAGAAAAUAUUUUUACAGAAUAAAGUGCCAGAACUGUCAAGAAAAUAACUUUUGUGUCUGUUUGUCUUUAUUACUACAGGCCGACUCAGAUUAAGUCUGAGGCCGGUAACAUCAACAGUGAGCACAAACCCAUCCUGCCACUUUCCUUCCACACUGAGUAGAAACCUACAGUCACUGGGUCCUGAUUGUGACGGUGGAGCCCAGUUUGCACUGCAGGAUCCAGAGAUGGCAUCAGUGAAGCUGGAAGACUGCAGUCAAACACUGGAGCUGAAUGUCAACAUUAAAGAUGAAGAAGAGGAGGAGAAGAUUGGGACAACUGUUAGUCAUGGCCGACUCAGAUUAAGUCUGAGGCCGGUAACAUCAACAGUGAGGACAAACCCAGCCUGCCACUCUCCUUCCACACUGAAUAGAAACCUACAGUCACUGGGUCCUGAUUGUGACAGUGGAGCUCAUUUUGCACUGCAGGAUUCAGAGAUGGCAUCAGUGAAGCUGGAAGACUGCAGUCCAACACUGGAGCUGAAUGUCAACAUUAAAGAUGAAGAAGAAGAGGAGGAGAAGAUUAGAACAACUGUUAGUCAUGGAGACCAUGUUGAGACAUUCUCUACAUCCAGAGAGCAACAGCAGGAAGGUCACAGAGCUAAGCGGUCUCACCACUGCCCACAUUGUGUGGAGAUUUUCCCAUUUCUAUCAAAGCUAAAAAUACACCUAAAAAUACACACAGGAGAGAAGCCUUACUCCUGCUCUGACUGUGGGGCGAGUUUCUCUCGACUGGAUACCUUAAAAACACACCAACGUAUACAUACGGGAGAGAAGCCUUACUACUGCCCUGACUGUGGGGAGAGAUUCUCUCAAAAGACCAACUUAAAAGCACACCAACAAAUACAUACAGGAGAGAAGCCUUACUCCUGCUCUGAAUGUGGAAAAAGGUUCUCCCGAUCAGAAAACUUAAAAUCACAUGAACGUAUACAUACAGGAGAGAAGCCUUACUCCUGCUCUGACUGUGGAAAAUGCUUCAAAACAUCAACUGGGCUAACAGUUCAUCAGAAAACACACACAGUAGAGAAGUCUUACUUCUGCUCUGACUGUGGAAAAUGCUUCAAAACAUCAUCUGAGCUAAAAGUUCAUCAGAGAACACAUACAGGAGAAAAGCCUUACUCCUGUUCUGACUGUGUAAAAUGCUUCAAAACAUCAACGGUGCUGAAACUUCAUCAGCGAACACACACAGGAGAGAAGCCUUACUCCUGCUCUGACUGUGGGGCGAGUUUCUCUCGACUGGAUACCUUAAAAACACACCAACGUAUACAUACAGGAGAGAAGCCUUACUACUGCCCUGACUGUGGGGAGAGAUUCUCUCAAAAGACCAACUUAAAAACACACCAACAAAUACAUACAGGAGAGAAGCCUUACUCCUGCUCUGAUUGUGGGAAGAGUUUCUCCCUAUCGGGUACCUUGAAAUCACAUGAACGUAUACAUACAGGAGAGAAGCCUUACUACUGCUCAGACUGUGGAAAAUGUUUCUCCCGAUCGGGUACCUUGAAAUCACAUGAACGUAUACAUACAGGAGAGAAGCCAUACUCCUGCUCUGAAUGUGUAAAAUGCUUCAAAACAUCGACUGAGCUAAAACUUCAUCAGAGAACACACACAGGAGAGAAGCAUUACUCCUGCUCUGACUGUGGAAAAUGCUUCAAAACAUCAACUGAGCUAAAACUUCAUCAGAGAACACACACAGGAGAGAAGCCUUACUUCUGCUCUGAUUGUGGGAAGCGUUUCUCUCACCAUAGCAACUUAAAAACACACCAACGUAUACAUUAAGGAGAAAAACCUCAUCAGUUCUCUGACCAGCUAAGAAUAAAGUCACUCCAUCACUUAAUUCUCAUCUCAUAAAAGAAGUUGAAAUGGAACAAAUGAAGAAAGUGUAGAAAACUGUACAGAGGAAAGGGAGCGUUCUAGAAUGUUAGCCUCUGUGUGCACCUUGUCAGUUUUAGUGUGUUUUGUUUUGUUAGCUUCUACUGUAAAUAUUUGCCCUUAGUGUUGAAUACCCUCUGUGAGGCUUCUCAUUUUGAAAACUAACACUAGUCUGCCAAUUGACUGGGUGGUACUGCUUCCCUCUCAGCCUGGUCUGACUCUGUCUGUGGGGAGAGUUUCAACUGGGCAGCUUAAAAACACACCAACGUUUACACGUAGGAGAGAAGCCUUACUCCUGCUCUGUGGCAGGGUGGACGUGUAUCUCAAACGUCUAGCCGAAGGAUGCGUCUUUGAAUCUCAUCACGGACGUCUUUAGCAUUUUAGCUAAUUAGCAACUUUGCAACUACUUAAUACUUUUUAGCUAUUACUUAGCAUGUUAGCUUAGCAUGCAACUACUUAGCAUGUUAGCUAACCUUUCCCCUAAACCCUUUAACUCUACCUUAAACCCCUCACCCCUAACCUAGCUAACGUUAGCAACAACAAACUGGAAUUCGUAACAUAUCAUACAUAUUACAAGUCCGUAACAUAUUGUAUGAAUAGCAAUCCUUAAAAUAACAUACGAAUUGUAAUUCUUAACAUACGAUACGUCCUACAAGUCGUAUUAUACUGAACAACAAUCUAAACGCAACAAUUUCAAAGAUUUACAGUUCGUAUAAGGAAAUCAGUCAAUUGAAAUAAAUAAAUGAGGCCCUAAUCUAUGGAUUUCACAUUACUGGGCAGGGGCUCAGCCAUGGGUGGGACUUGAGAGGGCAUAGGCCCACUUGGGAGCCAGGCCCAGCCAUUCAGAAUGAGUUUUUCCCCACAAAAGGUCUUUAUUACAGACAGAAAUACUACUCAGCCCCCCUCAGACAGGAGGUCCUGGGCUGCCGUGGUUACAUGUGAUCUGCAGUUGUGAGGCCGGUUGGAUGUACUGCCAAAUUCUCUAAAAGGACGUUAGAGGUGGCUUAUGGUAGAGAUAUAAAUAUUGAGUUCUCUGGCAACAGCUCUGGUGGACAUUCCUGCAGUCAUCAUGAGAAUUGCACAUUCCCUAAACUUGAGACAUCUGUGACAUUGUGUUGUGUGGCCUUUUAUUGUCCCCCAGCACAAGGUGCACCUGUGUAAUGAUAAUGCUGUUUUAUCAGCAUCUUGAUAUGCCACACCUGUCAGGUGGAUGGAUUAUCUUGACAAAGGCUGAAAUGCUCAUUAACAGGGAUAUUAACAAAGUUGUACACAAUAUUUGAGAGACAUUAGCUUUUUGUGCAAAUGGAACAUUGCUGGAUUUUUUUAUUUCAGCUCAUGAAACCAACACUUUACUUGUUUAGUUUAUUUACUGUGAUAGUCCAAUGAAAUAGUCCUAACAUACUAAAUGGAGUGGCACUGAAGUUUUUUGUAUAAUAUAAAACGUUUUGCUCUGAGACCAGGUUGUGGCACUGCAGUAUUCUGUGGGAAGGAGCUAGUAUACCCUUUUUAAUUUUUUUAUUGAACCUUUGUUUAACUAGGCAAGUCAGUUAAGAACCAAUUCUUAUUUAAAAUGGUGGCCUAGUAACAGUGGAUUAACUGCCUUGUUCAGAGUCAGAACAACAGAUUUUUACCUUGUCAGCUUGGGGAUUUGAUCUAGCAACCUUUUGGUUACUGGCCCAACGCUCUAACCACUAGGCUACCUUCCACCCCCAACAUGUCUCAGAUAGAGAUGGUGUGAUGAUCACUUUUCACCAUUAGUUUGGGGGGGAUUGUUUUACAACUUUAUUUAAUGAUACAAAGUUUAUGAAAUGAAUACAUGUGUUUAUUAAUUGUCUUUAAAGCUACAUGAGUUAUUUUAGUUACUGAUCAUGAAUGUGUUUGGAUAACUGCAUUGAAGCAAACUUUAUUGAUCUGCCAAUGAAAAAUUAAGUUACAUGAAUAUGUACUGGUCAACCUCUUCUUCUCUUUAGUAUUCAGUUCUUCAUAUUAGAUCUGACAGUAUGAAUGGUUCUUAUGGUUGUAUUCAGUUCUUCAUAUUAGAUCUGACAGUAUGAAUGGUUCUUAUGGGCUGAGUGCCGGGAGUGUUUUUGUAUGACUACAGUCAGGAGUUCUCUCUGACCCUGUGAUGUCACCAGUACAUUAAGUACAUUCAUCUUAAGAUAGCCAGGUGAAACAACCACAUAUCACAGUAAAUACAUUUCUCCUCAA